UAGGGUAUAACACAUACGGAGGCAUUUUCUUUCUGAUCUGGUGCCAGUGAAACAGGCAACUCUCAAGUGUCAAUCCGCAAAGGAUACCUCGUAGCUCAGUGCCUCAACGCGUAGGCACCGGAAACUAGCAAUUAAACAUAAUUAAAUCAGUGGAGCUAUUAGUAAUUUUAUUUGGAAUUAUUAUGAAACGACAUGUUUGGAAAAAAAAGCAAUUCUGUAAGCAUUUGUGAUUUAGCAAUAUGACUAAUUCAAUAUUCGGUAUCGUUGAAUUUUAGAAAUGAAAUGGCUGAAGGUGGAAGUAGUACUUAUAAAUGUCGAAUUUGUUUAUUACCUGUUUCAGAUCCAAGAUUUUUAUCGUGUUAUCAUUCCUUUUGCCUUAACUGUUUAAAGGAGAAAGUUAGGGUUACAAACUCCCUGAGUUGUCCAACAUGCCGUGCUAUUACAAAAAUCCCGGAGUCUGGAGUUGAAGGAUUACAGCGCAAUUUCUAUAUUUCGCGUGAGGAAGACACAGCUACUGUACCAAAAUCUGUUACAGGACUACAUUGUGAUAUAUGUCAGAAAGGCCCAUCAGCAGUACAGAAAUGUUCAGAAUGUGACCAAUUGCUUUGUGAAGAAUGCGCGCAUGCACAUUCAAUGAAUAACGCUUCACGAAGCCACAUAUUGUCCACAGUAUUCGCUAGCAACACAAGAGAGAUAGGUAAUGUUAAAGAUAGAUCAUGCUGUAAGAAUCACCCAAAUAAAGAAAUUGAAGUGAUUUGUAAGGACUGUGAUCAACUCUUGUGCUGCGUUUGUAAGUUAGGAGGGGAUUCAACACACGAGUGCAGAGAUAUUGCAACUGAAGCCGACACAAAACGAACAGAGGCAAAUGAGUUUAUUCGUUAUUAUGAAUAUAAACUGGUACAACAAGAUGAAAUAAAUGCUCUAGUACGAGCAGGAAAGAAAGCAAAGCAGUAUGUCUUCUCAGAAACGUUUAGUUCAAUGAAAAGGGAAAAGGAAGCUAUCAUAAGGGAUAUCAAUGCAACUUUUCAAGAAUUUGAAUGCAAAAUGCAUGGACUGUUUGAAGAAUUCAGAGAUACAUCACGGGCAAUAAAUGACGAUCAGGUCCGUGUCGAAUCCAUAAACAAAGAAAAUGUUGAACGUUACAAAAAUGUAAUAAAUUCAGAGGAUGACGUGCAGGUACUACAAAAGUAUGAACACUUGGUGAAUGCUUUAUCUGCAAUAGAAAUAGUUCAACCUCCAGAGGUAUCUGACGACGAAAUAAACAAAAAUUUUAACAUUUGUGAAAAUUGGUUAAAAGAUCUGAAAAGGCAAAGUAGCGCAACAAUUAAAUUUUAUGGCGAUAUUAAAUACAAAAAUAGAAAAAGUGGAUUCUCCACAGGUCGCCCAACACGACGAAAUUGAAAACGUUGCAGGCUCGGAUUGAUUAAGACUGUUAAUGUACGGCAGUGGAAAUCAUGCAUGCUACCGUCCACGCAUUCUAGCCCAGGGUAGAGCAGAACUCAGCAUUUACAUAUGUUGCAAGUACCAACAGGCAAUUAAGAGACAUCCGAAGAUAUGUUCAUACUGCGGUGUACAUGUAACUUUCAAUGGUAUCCAAGAAAAGCGGCAAAUGGAACCCAUUUACCUCAGAUUUCAGUGUGAGAGUUGAAAAUAGGUUGAAUUUCAUUGCGACAUAUUCACCGCAGUAAAUACAAUUAUUUGUUUAUAUGUUUAAGACUUUAUUAGAUGUAUGCUAUAAGUGGUUAUAUAGUUUUUGUACGUGUCUCUUGUUUUUGUUUCUGUUUUAGUUGUAUAUAUUAAUAUUAAUAUCGUAAACUCUAUAGAUAUGUGAAGUGUUUUGAAACUAAACAAGGGGUGCUUUUUUUUCUCAAAAAAAAAUGCAGUCUGUGAAGAGACCUAUUUAGGAAAAUAUCGCGACAUACGUUCGCCGGUCCGUAAAUUUUCUUUUAAAUUUGUACACAUUUUCAAGACAUUUUUCAACAAAAUGAAUAAAAUAUAUGCUUGAAGACCCAGUUUUCUUUUGUGCUUCGAAACUGCGGUGAAUUAUGAAAUCUCAAAGGGUUCAAAAAGCGGCAUUUGACGUCGUAUAUUUUCCCGUUUUAUAUCUGACGUGAUAGACACUGGGAACAUACGGAACUGUUGUAUGCUAGUAACGACAAGAUCUUAAAUCAUCUGUUAAAAAUUACUACAUAUGAACUGAAAAUCUCAAAGAAAUCGACUGGCAACUUCAAACGGGAUACGAGCGGAUCGCUUCCGACUUGACCAACCACCAUUUUAUUAGUCUUUAUUAUAUACUAUUUUAUUAGUUAACUGUUUUUUAACCAACACAAGCUUCUUCGCUUUGAUAAGCGUCUUUAGUUAACAUAUGCAAAAUUCUUUAAAUGUGAACAGUAAAAUAAUGAAAACAAAUAAUGAAAACGUGUUAAUUGUGAAAUAAAACGUUUUGUGACACGUUCAGAUAUUAACACUUUCAUAAACUUAUUACACCUA